AAGUUUAAUAUUUUUGCUUGAACGCUUCAUGCUUCACGUCUUCUUCACUUGCUUUAUGAGUAUUCACACAUUGCUUGCGUCUGCUUCUAAUUCUGCAUCUGUUGUCGUCUUUAUAGAUUUGAACCAGGCAAAACUGUCAGGCAAAAAGAGCGCUUCUUUUUCUAUUUUGUGACGUAAAAAGUCAUAGCAAAGUCCAUAGGGUCGAUAUUGUUUUGCGAUAUAUAAGAAGUUAUUUUUUUAUCGAUAUCGUAAAGGUUUUUUAAGAGUUAAAGUUUCCUUAUAAAACCUUUUGUCUCAUCAGAGAGUAAAGCGGGAUAAAUACCACAAAAGUUUAGGGUCAUAUUCUUUGGCCUGUAACCUUCCAACCGCACGUCCCCAGGGUCUUGUGUCGUCCUUAAAUUCAUCAAAAAGAGAAAAAUGUGCUGGGAACGAGGUUGAGGGACUUUUCAACCUUGUUCCCAGGGCAAUUUUUCGCCCUUUUGAUAUCCGAGACGGAGACGAGAUUGUCAGAAAGAGAAAGAUGGGCCUGGGGACGAGGUUGGGGCCUUCCAUAUCACAACAUAUAAUUUCUAUCAAAAUCGCAAUAAGAGGCUUGGGGUGAAGUUGUCUUGUAGGGAAACAAUCUUGCCGGUAGUCGAACGACGAGCGGUAUACUAAAAGCAUUCAAUAUGGAGGCACAGCUGUUGUGUUGUUCUUUGUGUAAAAUGGGGGCGCCGAACUGAAAUUUACAAACAAAAAUGGGAGGCGAAGAUAUUUCUGAUUUGUAUUGUAUUUGUCAAAAACCUUACAUAGAGGGUCAAUUUAUGAUUGAGUGUGGAAAGUGCAACGAAUGGUUUCACGGCAGCUGUGUUGGCAUUGAAGAAUAUCAUGCUCAAGAUAUUGAUAUCUAUCAUUGUCCAAAAUGUCAACCUGUGCAUGGGCCCUUGGUCUACUCCUUCCUAGAUGUAACUUAUGAAAAUGGUGUUAUACAAGCCCAAGACGUGAAAAAAAGAAGAAAUGUCAGCCGACACAACUAUAAGGAUAUUCAUGAGGGCAUCAAGCAAAUCUCUGCUGGAUCUGUUAUGUUUGUACGGCAGUUAAAAGCAAGAAAAUUUUUCAAUGCAGAAGAUAUUGUGCUUCAGUUAGAAGAUGGUAGUAAUGUUACAGCAGAUUACUUUCAAGAACAUGGAUUUAACACUCCAGUGUUAAUUCAUGACAAAACUGGUCUUGAUUUAACGGUUCCUCCGAGUAAUUUUACUAUAUAUGAUGUUGAACAGCGAAUUGGAUCACUACAUGAAGUUCAUGUAAUAGAUGUAGCGAAGCAGGAAGAUCUGAGGAUGAAGAUGAGAGAGUGGACAGAGUACUACAACAGCCCUGUGCGUGGCAAAGUUUUAAAUGUUAUUAGUCUAGAGUUUUCUAAUACCAGCUUAUCAGAACUGGUAGCCUGUCCUAAAUUUGUUCGUAAUAUUUCAUGGGUGGAACAUGCAUGGCCAAAAAAAUCAGUGGAGGACAGUCCACAUGCAAAACCAAUCGUAGAGAAAUAUUGUUUGAUGAGCGUGAAAGAUUGCUACACAGAUUUCCAUGUUGAUUUUGGUGGAACCUCUGUGUGGUAUCAUAUCAUUAGGGGCGAGAAAGUUUUUUAUUUUGUGGAGCCUACAACUGAGAAUCUAAACAAGUUUAAACAAUGGGUAUCUUCUUCAGAUCAAGGACAAGUAUUUUUUGGUGAAAAAGUUAGCAAAUGUUAUCGACUGCAUGUAAAGCAGGGAAACACAUUGCUUAUUCCUUCAGGCUGGAUACAUGCAGUACUAACACCUAAAGAUUCUCUUGUGUUUGGUGGAAACUUCUUGCAUUCAUUUGACAUUGGAAUGCAACAAAAAAUCUACACGUUAGAAAAAGAGUUGAAAACGCCACUAAAGUUUUUGUUUCCAAACUAUGAGACAACAAACUGGUAUGCAGCACGGUCAAUUCUAAAAAAGAUGAAAGAAAUCCAUGGUCUUGGCGUAAGGAUUCCUAACUUUUUGCGAGACGGCGUAACAGCGUUAUUAGCGGCGUUAAAAGUCUGGACGUCACGUAAGGACGAGUAUGUGAAAUACCACAAGCUUCAAGUACCUAUUGAAGUUAAUGCCCACAAGUUGAUCAAGUCCUUAGAGAAAGAACUGAAGCAUGAUAUGAAACUUAAACCUGAAAAAGUAUUUCCAGUUGGUCGAUUGUCAUCGCCAGCUCUUUUGUCUGCAAAUGUUGCUAAAACUGUUUUAAAGUUGAAGCUUGCACGACCAUCAGAAUCGGAGAGUAGUAGCAUGUCGAGUCCGGAACGCAACAUCCAUGAUAGGUUAACACGAAAAAAAGAGCGACUUCAAAGAAAGGAGAGGAAGAUUAAGGAGGAGCUUUUUUCCCAAGGUCGUCUACCUUCACUAAAGCUGAAUUUGAGCAGUGAGGGUAUAAGGAGGGCUAGGUACAAGUUUGAUGAUGAUGAUGAGGAGGAAGACGAUGAUGGGGAUAACAAAAAAAUCAGUAAAAUAAAGAAAUUUGUUUCUCUUAAUUCAAGUGACGAAGAAUUAUCCAGCUCAAACGAACCGGACUCAUCUAUCAAGCUAAAAUUGUCACUGUCAAAAAACCGUGCUGACAAUCUGUCUAGUGGUUCAUCACCUGAUGUCUUGGGACAAUUUGAUGAUCCGUUUAGCAAUACAAGAACGCAACCGGUGGCUCAUCGGUUAGAGAAACACAUCGAUAUCAAAGCAGAGAUUGAAGCCACCAAAAAGGAUUUAUUCCAACCUGAUGAAAAGACGGUUAAAACCAAAGGUCUCUACUUCAUACCGUUGCAACGAGACGACGAUUGCACCGUCAAACCUAUAACGUUUAAUCCGAACAAAAACUUCCCGAGGAAACCCAAGGUUAAUUGUGAUGAUGACGUCAAGGAAGAGGAUGGUGGAUAUGUGAUUGAUCAUCUACCGAAACCUAAAUCUAACAGUGUGAAAAAAAGAACGCACUCGGAAACCGAUUCAGAUUAUGAUCCAUCAGAUGAUUCUUAUUAUCAGGACGCUAACUAUGUUUAUCCACGCAUUGACGUAACGACCGAUUUAAUGGUAGACGAUUUCUCAUGGAAGCCAGGUCAAAGAAAGAAACCAAAAUCGAGUGGUGAUAGAGGAAGAAAACACAGUCGAUUGAACAGUCGCUCUUUGAAUAAAGAUGAAUGUGACGAUCCUUUCUUUGCUCCGGAUAAAGCAGAAAUGAAAAAUAAAUUGAAAAAAGUUCCUCCUGCAAGCCAACCUGGAAAAGCAGAAUCGACUGUUGCAGCUGGCGAAAAGAAAGUCUUCAAAGCAAAAAAAGGCACUGCGAAGCAACGGCUUGGUAAACUUUUAAAGCUUGAUAAAACCGGUAGCCGAUAUGUUCGUUAGGUGUCUUGUUUAUUCAUUGGUGUGUCUCGUUUAUUCGUUCGUGCGUUUGCGCGUGGUUAUAUCACGUCUACGUUGGCGCAAACACUGUUUAUAUUGAACCGGUGUUAACUAAUGCCCGGUGUAAAAACAAAACCAGUGUUUAUUUAUGAGUGGUGCAGACAGCACAUUUUUAAAUUUUUACGUCUUAACGAUUUAAGUUUUGUAAUUAUUACCCGGGUAAAAGGGUAUCAAUAUUUUCAAAAAUCGUGCAAUAUGAUUGGUUAAAACUUCCGUCAUAGCGGGCAAUGUUCCACGGUAUUGCCCGCUACCAUAACAACCGUGUUUAUAGUUUAAAUACGGUAGCAUUAAAUGUAAAUAAAUACAGAAAAAAGUAAACAAGACGCAAAAAUAAAAAUAAACUUUAUCUUUUUUUGUAGCUACGAUAAAAACCUGUAAUGUUUACACGAUAUUCGAUUCAAAAAUAUAUAUUUUUAGUUCGAAUGUCCGUUCCAUGGGAAUAGUGUCUAUAAAGACAUGGUUUCUACAUCCUGCUUAUAAUGUUAUAUUUUUUGUAAAAUGCAACAGGCGGAUAAUAAUCCAUAUAAUAACUGUUUAUUUCGGGCAAUACCUUCGAAUAUUGACCUGUCAAUAUUCUCCGGUAUGGUCCUCAUAAUCAGUUAUUGUAUGGAUUAUUAUCCUAUUCCUACUCAGAACUGAAUUUGUACGUAUUUUUUUCUGCUAAAGCCCAAUUUGCGUGGUUUCACUCACUAUGCUCUAUAACAAAACGUAUAAUUUUGCGUAUAGUUUUUACGCAUAGUUUGAAUAUAAUAGCUUUCUUAAUUUUUCCGUGAACAUCAGUGCGUGUGUGCGUGUGUAACAAGUACAACGGAUGCGCGUGUUAGAACGUGAUGUAACAUGCAGCAGCAAAGAAGCGUCAAAGCUUAAUGUCAAUUUUGUGUUGUAAAUCCAAUGCUACAGUAGCAAAUUCGCGUCAUUGAUACAAUGAGAUAUUUUAUCAUACAUAAUAUGUAAAUAUUUUAAAAUGUAUUGAUCAGAUAGAUUUUACUUCAAAAACACGGAGUUGAUUCCGGUUGUAACGGAUUAUAUUUUUGUAACUGUUUAUUUAUUCAACGGUGGUGAUUUUUAUUUGCGAAAAUAAGUUGCGAAAAGUUUUUUUCUGCCUUAGCUUUACUGUAUGCUUUGUUUCUUUGGAGUUUUUUAGAUUUAAAGAUUUCUCAGCUCACUCACCGAUUUUGAUUAUCAUACGAGAACCCUCUUUAUUGUAGCGUUCACAGGCGUAGCUCCUAGCGUUUGCGCGUCACAGAUAAAUAUGUUUUAUUUCUAUUACACUAAACAGGGCAGCGUUUUGAGAAUUUUGAUUGGUUAGUAAGGUCCGUUUGUAAACACUUUCAAAGCUGCCAAGAUAGAUAAAAUUCUCAUGCCCACGCCCUGCUAAGACCUGCUGCCAAGAACGCUAAUUUGGGAGGAACAAAGAAAUUUCUGGCGAAAGCCAAAAAAUACGAGUGUUCAAUUUUCUUCAUCCCUGAGAAAUGUAUGGGAAAAUUUCAGAUUCUGCUACAAUUGUCAAACAUUUUAUAGACAGUCGCUUUGAAUCUGAUGUUUUAUUUUGAAUUGAAACAUGGCGACCUCUUGUAAAAUUUUAUUGUAGCCAGCUAGCUUGUGUAUUUAUGUAUGUAUGAAAGACUACUCAACCUUA